CUACUAGACGGAACCUGUGCCACUGACAAAAUUAUUUUUCCGGGUUGGCCAAUCAUGUAAAAGGAGGCACACAAACGUACCUGGUUGUUGGAGAAUUACGUGUUAUCCUAAUACGAAGAUUUACUUAUCUUUUCCAAGUGUAGGUCAAUACUUUUUGGUUAUUGAAGGUUCUUGAUUGGCUGGCAUGGGGAACCUGAUCAAGGUGUUGACGAGGGACAUCGACAACAAUGCUGGGAAUUUUUUCCUGGACUUUGAGAAUGCCCAGCCCACUGAGGCGGAGCGGAAAAUAUGGGAGCAGGUGAAUCAGGUACUGAUGGAGGCUCUGGCUAUCCUAGAUGACCUGCAGUCAUACAAAGGAGCUGGAGAAGAGAUACGACAGGCAAUACAGAACCCAAAUGCGGACCGGGUACAGGAGAGGGCCUGGGGUGCAGUGGUUCCGUUGGUUGGGAAACUUAAGAAGUUCUAUGAGUUUUCUCUGAAGUUGGAGGGGUCAUUGCACGGUCUGCUGAAGGCUCUAACGAGUGCUCACUGCAGUCCAACCCAACAUCUGGAGCAGGAACAGGCAUUGGCCAGACAGUUUGCAGAGAUCUUGCAUUUCACCCUGCGCUUCGAUGAGCUCAAGAUGACAAACCCUGCCAUCCAGAACGAUUUCAGCUACUACAGGAGAACACUGAACCGCAUGCGCAUCAACAAUGUUGCAGCAGAGGAGGAGAACGAAGUCAACAAUGAGCUUGCAAAUCGGAUGUCUCUGUUCUAUGCCAACGCAACGCCAAUGUUGAAAACGCUAAGCGAUGCCACAACAAAAUUUGUCUCAGACAACACAGACCUCCCCAUUGAGAACACCACCGACUGCUUGUGCACGAUGGCCAGUGUCUGCAAAGUCAUGUUGGAAACACCGGAGUACCGUAGCCGUUUCGCCAACGAAGACACCGUGUCCUUCUGUUUGCGGGUGAUGGUGGGAGUGAUCAUUCUCUACGACUAUGUUCACCCCGCCGGAGCCUUCGUCAAGUCCUCCAAAAUUGACAUGAAAGGAUGCAUCAAAGUAUUAAAGGAUCAGCCUCAAAGCAGCGUGGAAGGCCUGCUAAACGCCCUCAGGUACACAACAAAACAUUUGAACGAUGAAACUACCUCCAAGCAAAUUAAAAACAUGUUGCAAGCAAAUUGAUGGAAUGUUUUAAUGGCGUCCUUCGCUAGCUGGAUUCUGGAAUAAGGAUCACGGAGUUGUAGUACUCUUAAAAUAAAAAAAAGAAAGCCAUAACAAAUGGCAGCUACUGAUGUAGUUUUUUCUUCAGUUUUGUCUGCUGUAUGUCCUGACAUUUUUGUAUUAGUAAGGAAAGUCAUUUCACUGGAACAGUCUGACUGGAAAAGUUGUAAAAUGUAAUUGUUUCACUGAUUGAGGUAUUGUCGAGGAUACUCCUCAAAGGACUUUGGGCUGGAGUCUAACAGUUCUGCUUUAUCUUGUAACAACCGAAUACUGAAUAGACUGAAUUAGAAUAUUAAUAUAUGUUUAGUUAAUGUGGAAUAUGGACUGUAUCUGCAUUUAACUCAUAUCAGCAAGGGACCUUUUGCGCUAUGUUGCAUAAAAUGCCACCGAUGCAGAUAUUCUCAUUAGUCUAACUCCCAAACAGCCUUGUAAGUUCAAAUACUUUUGAGUGUCUUGUCAUCUAAAAGUGUAUUUGGCUGAUUUACAUCCAUAUUUUUUCGUCAAAUGAUUUUGAUUGUUGACUUCAGUGGCAUUACCUCUUAGGUUGUUUUUUCCCCCAGUGUUGGUGGGACGGACCAGUGGGUCUUUGAGGCAUGGUCGAAAGAGCAGCUGCUCACAGAUUUGACUGCUUUGGAAACUGAUUUUGUCCGUACAGACAGUUAUAUGCAUUUAAUGGAGUUGUCGGUUAUCACAGGUUAAAACUUAUUUGUAUAUGAGGACGGCAUGAACUAAGCUUGUAUUGUGUUGAAAAAAAAUUUUAGAUUGUGUUUUUCUGUUAUAAUGUCAUGUUAUUUUUUUUUUUAUAAUGACAAUUCAUGUGAGAGGGAAAAUAAAACUUUUGGGAUUUUUCAAAUUCA